UUGAAGGUGGAGAGUCUGAGCCGAUUUCUCAGCUUCCGCGCUAAUGUGUGCGUCUUCAAGGGGAAAUGGAUGUACGAAGUGACGCUUGUCACUUCAGGUAUACAACAGAUUGGCUGGGCAACCAUCGAUUGCAUCUUCUCGAACGAGCAUGGUGUAGGGGACGAGGUCGAUUCGUUCUCGUACGAUGGCUGCAGGCUAAAGAAAUGGAACGUUAAGCCAGAACCAUACGGUGAGGCCUGGGUGCAGGGAGACACUCUUGGUAUGAUGCUGGACUGCGACAAUGGCCAGAUCUCCUACUGCAGGAAUGGCAAGUCUCUGGGCGUAGCCUUCAGUAACAUCCGGUGUGGCGAGCGAGGGUUGGCCUUCUUCCCGGCUCUCAGCAUGUCACAUCUCGAGAAGUGUGACAUGAACUUUGGCCACAAGCCAUUUCGCUACCCCAUGGCUGGGUACAGGCCUCUGCAAGUACAGACGGCCUCGGUGGCGGCGGUGAAGCGGAAUUCCGCCGGUAGCAGGGCAUUCAUGUCUGGCAAUGGCAAUGGGCCUGGUGGUAGGAUGGGGGUCAAUGAAGCGGAUUUUGUGGACUUGGUGGACCAUUCCCGCUGGGGCGAGCCCUGGACUGGUACGGACCUGGGCUCCUAUAGUGAAGCUGGUGAGAGGGAGUUGGGCACGUCGCAAGGAGAUGUCGCAUUUGUACGGUAUCUCAUGGGUUGUUAUAACCGGCUGCUGCUAGGCGAUGGACCCAAGGGAAGCCCGCCUACGCAUUCCACCAUACGAUCAACAAUUCAAGAGCCGUUUCACCGCGAUGUGUUCAUUCUGCUGUGCCAGAUUAUGAAUCUGCUAAUCCCACUGCUGGUGUCGCCGGUGGUGGUGGAGAGUGUGUUGAUACCUUUCCUGCUAGAGAAUACACAGGAUCAGUCGACGAUAGCGGAGUCGGAGGGAGCAAAGAGCAGAAUUCAGGAAUUUACCGAGUACUUCCUGGUAUUUGCAGAUGAAGGGGAGCAGCGGGCGGUCGUGGAGUGUGUCUUCAAAUGUCUGAGUAAUAAGACGAGGUCCGGUUCAGAUUUAUUCCAAAAUUAUCUGAACAAGAAAUCAUGCGGACACGGAGGUGGGGACGAGGACUCCGACCAGGCCAGUAGUAAUGCAUCAAGCACACAAAACGUUGCUAAUAGAGCGCCUUCGGUAGUGACGGAUGAAGACAUGUUAACUGAGACAGACCAGUCGCCUAGUGCACAGUACACAGCGAUAGGUGCACUAGCCCUGGCGUGGCGGCUGUUGAGCAAUCGUACCAUACUAUCUAUCCUUCAACGGAGCCGAGCCUUCCAGGAUAUAUUGGGGGGGCUUCUGUCGUCAUGGCAACCCAGCACGGCCGAUCUCCAGCAGAUUUACACGUCGGAUGUGUGCACAUCUCAAACAUGUAAGCUGAGGCGAGACGCCGACAACGAGAUCAAUCUGCACUUCACAGGGCAACACGGCACAUCCCUUUGCGCCAACCAGUGUGAGGGCCAGUGCGCCCGAGAACGCGCGCAGCAGAAGUGGAAGCAGGACGCAGAGACCUACCACAACAUUCACCAUGCCCACAUGGUGCGCCUGUGCAAGCUGUUCCUGAUGGACGAUGCUCCGCUGGCCGACUCGUUCCAGCGCAACUUCAAGUCUUGGUCGCGACAGGGUCCAAACAGUGCAGCCACCACUCCCAACGGGCCUCAUGUGUCCUCGCCCAUGCCAUAUCUGUCUCGGGACAGACCACCCCCGCACCCCAUGACCACCAUAUCCCCUUUAAUGGCUCCAUUGGGUAUGUCUACUGUGGUACCUCUACAACGCCGCUCGUUGGAAGGCACACCCUCAGCAGCUACACCCGUCUCCUCCCUAAGCAGGACAGGCUACAUGAGCCCUUUCCCCGGAAGCCCGCUAGAUGGGCCAUUGCGUACAGCUGCCGGUACAGACCCAGCAGCUUACUUAGCCGAACCCGCCGUGCUAGGCGAAGACCCCGAGAAUGCCCUAUUGUCCUCGGCCGUGUCCUCUGCAAGCGGGGCCUAUCAGCGGAUUCGAGACGCCAUACGGAGGCGCAGCAUCGGGUUCACGCCCACAGACGACGACCCGGUACAAACGAGUCCGCCCAUGGAUCCAGCGUCUUCCGAACUCAUACCGUCACUGUCUGGCGAGACGUUCAGCCCCCAACCCACGAGCACUCUCGCGGCUGCGUUCGCACUCACCCCCACACCCCACGAUGCCACUGCCACAGCCACCAUUGCACGGUCCGUCUCGCCUGUACUGCCACCCGGACGUGCCUUGGCCAACACGUCGGCGCCAGCGCUGCCCAGGAUACGGUCCGCGAGUGCGGCUGCGAACGUACGGCGAGGGUCGAGUGCCAGUGCAAGUAGCAGUGGUGGUACGCGAACGGCUCUGACGCCCUCUGUGGUAGACAGUGAUCGGACGCCCAUCAGCCCACAGUCGGUGAUGGUGGCGUGGUUGAAGGAGCAUGUGCGCUUGCUAAUGAAACGGCGCAGACACACGGAGACGGUAGUGGCGGCGGGGCUGAGCGACUCGUCUCUGGACGAGAAUCUGUUCUUCGCACUAUUAACCAUCUACAAGGACUCUACUUAUACCGCCGAGGGCGAAGCAAGCUCGAACGGUAUUAAGACGGACACAGAGACAGCCGGGAUGGCGCUUGACCUCUUAGCCACGUUCUCGUCGGACAUCCCCGAGUUCCAGAAUCUGGAUCGGAUUGGGGGCAGCUUCGAGCAUGUGCGCAAAACAGAGUAUGGCGAGGUGGAGACGGAGGAGGAUGCAGACGAGCUCAACGACCAGAGCGAACUCAUGGAUUUGGAUGGCAGCGACGACGACGAGGAGGACGAUGCCAUGAUGGACGAGCAGCCCGACCCGUUACGGAGCACAAGGAGUGGCAGUGGCCUGUCCAUACAACGAUCGCACAAACCAGCUCACGCGCGGUCAGAUGCAGACGGUGAAACGAACCUGAAAGUGGACUGGAAAGUCCUGAUACUGCAUAUCAUAGUUGUCCUCUUCCAGCACGCCGUGAGUGGACGAUAUCAACAAAUCGACUGCAACACCAAAUACAUAAACGUCACCUUAGCCAAGCUGCAUAAAUUACGGCAAUCUCUUUCCCGUAAUCCAAGCGAGAGCAACAGUAAUAACAACAGCAACAGCAAUGGCAACAACACCAAAAUUACCAACAACGACAACAACAACAGAACGCCCUCUGCGUGUUGCUGCUGUGCGUGCUCAGACCACACAAGCAUCGAUGAAUCUCCGCCAAAGACUUACUGGGCGGCCGCUGACACUCUGUUGCUGAAAGACAUCUCCAAACACCUCCGAAUGCGCAGCUGGCAGCAUGAUCUGUUGCUGCAUCCCGCGAGGAGGGCCGGCGCGAUUUACUUCUAUACACAUCUCCUGACACUGCUGGGCAAGUUGUCGGCGAGUAGGUUCUUUACAUACAUUCCUGAGAUAUACGCCGAGUGCAGCAUCAGCUCGUACAGAGCACUGGCCUCUUCAAUUGGGCACACAUUAAUUCAAGACCAAAGGGUGGCCGACUGCACGCGCAUACUAUUGCGGUAUUCUCUCAACUUCAGAAAUAGUCCGGUUACAUCACCUAGUCUGAGGGAGAUGAUGCUCAAGUGUAUAGGGUUCAGUCUAAGCCGAAGCGGCUAUCGAGAGCUCUGUGAGCGGGAUGAAGUGAUGCGAGAGCUGUUGGUCAAACGAAUGUUGGAAAGCUUCAAAACGCGGCUCUGGAUACUGAUAACGCCUAUAUUCAUUCGGUUCUACUUCGGAGAAACCAUGUCAGACCUCGAUGAAUGGAUAGACAGCGAACAAAGCUGUGAGAGUGCUGUAUACCAGACUUGUUUCGCGGAAACGUGCGCAAACACCCCAGCCUUGGCUGUUGAAUUUGCCAACCACACAUUUAAUCACUGCAAUUGGGCUGUAUCGGAACUCUGCGUUUCUCUCCAAUCGGCCAUGAAACGGCUGCAAACAGGCCAGUACUAUGAGCUGCAGGACUGCCGAAGUCUGCAGGAACAGACCCAGCGAUCCAUGGUGUUCUCCGAGCUGACGCUGAGUUUGUUCCGCCUACUGGAGAUGACCUCGCGCGAUGCCACAUCGGUCUUCACCACUAUCGGCGGUGUGGCGACGAUUCAACUGGUGGAAUUGGUGGCCCAACUGAUCAGCCGCGCGAUCCGCUUCGAAGGACUCGAGGACCCGGAUAUCAAAGCAGUGAUAGUAAAUCAAUUCCCAGCGCUUCUGAAGCUCAAUCAGGAGACCAUUUUCACAGUCGUCGUCCGAUGUCUGCUGAAUAUGCAUACGUCGGCAGCUACAGGCGGUGGUAAAGACCCCAAGUCCAUCAGUAUCAUCGAUGCGAUCGUCACGUACGAUACAGCUUUCGCCAAGACACUAGCGGGUCUCCUGCAAGUCCGAUUAGAUACCGGCUCGGCCUAUGGCCAGGUCGAUGAGAAUGAGCCAUCGAAUGAGGAUGCUAUGGACGUCGGGGUGGUAGCUUCAAAUGGUUCGCAUAAGGAUGGUGGGUACAGUACACCCGGUGGUAUACAAGUCGAUCCAUUACUGGAUAGCAGCGAACAUGGAGCCCAUGCAACCGUGGAUGCAGACAAACUACGCUCGUUUAUUAGUGACCUGAAUGACGCGCGGGUGCAGUUGGAGGCCAAAGGAUUGGCAGAGGAUGAAGAUGACGAGGACACGUGCUCGAUUUGCUACACAUAUCCGCUCAGUGCAACGUUUUUGCCGUGCAGGCACCAGUCGUGUCACCAGUGUAUAACUCGGCACCUGCUGAAUUCGAAGGAGUGUUUCUUCUGCAAAGAGCUAAUCACAAGUAUCGAGCACCUAACGUGACUGGGUACUGUGCUAUUAAAAUUAAAUUCGAUUAAUAAAAAAAUAUUCUGCUA